CUCAUGGGUCGUUAUCCCAUUCUACCUCCUGUGGGACUCCUUCCGGGCCAUCACUCUGAGCACAUCAGCAGGUGCUGUCAGCCAUAUGACUAUCAAGGGGGGCAGCAGCGGCAGCGUCUCCGUCAAUGGCAAGCCCGCUGGAGCGGCCACGUCUUCGCGUCCCUCGGUCACCUCGCGUCUCAGUGACGUUCCCACCACGUCGGACGAGGUGGCUUCGCAGCCAGCUCCCGCAUCGACGACCGAGUCACUGAUCCGCAACACAAAUGAAGCAGAAGAGAAUGUCUUCCUCUUCGUGCCCAACCUGAUCGGUUACACUCGCGUCAUUCUCGCAGCCCUCUCCCUCUACUACAUGCAAAUCCACCCAAAAGCCUGCACAUUCCUCUACGGAAUCUCCUGUCUCCUAGAUGCAGUCGAUGGCGUAGCCGCUCGACGUCUCGGCCAGUCAACAAAGUUUGGUGCCGUACUGGACAUGGUCACUGACAGGUGCACUACGGCCUGCCUCCUCUGCUACCUCACCAAGACGUACCCGCGCGCCGCUCUCCUCUUCCAAGCGCUCAUCACCCUCGACUUCUCGAGCCACUACAUCCACAUGUACUCCUCCCUCCUCACGGGCGCCGCUUCCCACAAGCUGGUAACAAGCGAGGUAAGCAGGAUCCUCUGGUACUACUACAAUGACUCGCGCACCCUCUUCUUCUUCUGCGCGGGCAACGAACUCUUCUUCGUCUGCUUGUACCUCAUGGAGUUCUACCCCACUCCUCUUGGUCUGGAGCCAAGGUGGUUCCUCUGGCCCUUUGGACAGAAGUUCGCACUCCAGGUGCUCAAAACGGCCGCCUCUGACCCGCACAGCUGGUCGGCCUUUUACUUCCAGGCGGUGGCCAAGACCACAUGGCCUAUGGUCGCUGCGGCUCUCACGGCGCCCGUGUGCGCAAUGAAGCAGGUCUUUAGUGUGGUACAAUUCUGGACUGCGGCCAAGGUGCUCGUUGGGGUUGACUUGGAGCAGAGGAGGCGAGCCACGGGGGAGAAAUCCAAGUAAGGGCGAGAAUUGGCAGAUGAAGGAUUGUAGGAAGAGCAGCUGGGAGGGACAGGAGCAUCGGUACGCUCGGAGGUUGAUCCCUUUGGGUGCCUCGAGCGAGCAGGCUGGAUAGCGACUGGGCGAGGUUCACAGAGGGAAAAAAGCGAAGCAUCCAGCGAAGGCCGACAUGACAGGAAUUGCUCGGCGCGCCA